ACUGUUCACACAAAACUCUCAUUAAUAUCCAUUAGAAAUAGCAACAAAUUCUUAAAAUUAAUUAUAUGGCUGAGCUCUCUCUGUGUUGCAAUAGCUUGACUCCUCCGCCACUACCAACAUUUCAGCAUCCUCAUCAAUUUAGUCCAAGGAUACCGAUCGUCAUAGGUGGCAAUGGCAUAGAACUCAGACGUGGAACAACAACAACUACAGCUUUCGCUGCAAAAUCUGGUGGUUUCUCACUUAAUUCGAUCUUGAAAAGUUGUGAAACAUGUGGAGGAAAAGGUGCUCUAGAGUGCUCAGGAUGCAAGGGCACAGGAAGAAACAAAAAGAAUGGAAAUAUUUUUGAGCGCUGGAAAUGUUUUGAUUGCCAAGGAUUCGGGCUAAAGAGUUGCCCUAGCUGCGGGCAGGGUGGGCUGACACCAGAGCAAAGAGGGGAGAGAUAAUAAUGCUUAAGAACUUUGUAGUUAUUUGAAAGGAUGGAAAAACGCAAAAAAAGGCAUAAACUCCUUGUAUACUGAAAACUGUUAGCACGCACAUUGAAUUUGUAUAUUGAACUUCAUGAUUUGAAACUCUAAAAGCUAAGCUUUGUCUGUUUGAUGAGACUUUGGUACCAACUAAGACAAGUACCUAAACUAGUUUUCCUUGAGGAACCAUAACGGAAAGAGUUGAUGCCA